ACUAGCAACAAUGUUUUUACUUUUAUUUUAUCUUUAUUCUUUACUACGCAUUCUAUAAAAAACUGGGUUUAGUAAAAGAGGAUGAUAAGUAAAAGGCGUGUUAUCUUUUUCUAACGUGAUUCUUGGUAGAAGCAGUGAUAUGCGAGAAAGAGAACAUUUCAAUCGUGUAUCUCUGUCCUUCAGAAUUGGUUCCAAAUUUUCUUAUAGGGCAUUCAAUCUAUGGCAACAUCUGGUUGCGUGUAGUACAGGUCAAUUUCAAAUGCUCCAAUGCAUGGUUUAAAGUGGUGGUGUCAUUGUUUCCAAAUUGACUGAUGUCAGUUGGAUGAUAUACGUUAACUUGAACUUUAUUGUUAUAUUACAUUAUUUAUUGUAUAUAAUAUCUAAAUUUACUAUUUAUAUGUUUACAGUCACAGUUGAUUCUGUACACGUAUAUCGUCUUUAAAUAAAAUGUCCUACAAUCUGUAGUUUUAGAUAUAAACAUUGUUAUUUAUAAUUUUUUGGAUAAUUAUUAAUAUUGAAAAGUUAUGAUACACUCAAAGAAUCGCGAUUUUGAAUUAGCAUAUGAAUUACAUCAACAAAAUAAUUGUCUUGGCUUGACAGAAAAUGCAAUUUUACCAGAAAAUAGAAAUAAAGAAAAUUAUAAGCCCAGAACAUUAAUUGAUCAGACUUUAGAACUAAUAGAUCCGACUCCUAACAUUCAUACAUUAUUUGUACAAUUUAAUGAACGUUUUUUUUGGAAUGUUUUACUUCCUGUUGAAGUUAAAUGGAGUAACAGAAUGACAAGUUGUGCUGGCAUAUGCAGUUUUCAUCCUAGGAAUCGGCAAUGUAUAAUUACACUUAGUGCACCAUUAUUAAAACUUAGACCAAGGAAAGAUCUUGUUGAAACGUUAUUGCAUGAAAUGAUUCAUGGAUAUUUAUUUCUCACAAAUAACAACCGUGAUCGAGAUGGCCAUGGUCCAGAAUUUUGUAAACAUAUGUAUAGAAUAAAUAAAGAAGCUGGAACAAAAAUAACUAUAUAUCACAGUUUUCAUGAUGAAGUUAGACUAUAUCAACAACAUUGGUGGAGAUGUAAUGGUCCUUGUCAAAAAAAAGCUCCAUACUUUGGUACAGUACGUAGAGCCAUGAAUCGUGCACCAGGUCCAUCUGAUUUCUGGUGGAAAGAACAUCAACAAACUUGUGGUGGUCAAUAUAUUAAAAUCAAAGAGCCAGAGAAUUUUAAAGCAAAAGGGUCAAAGCAAGCAAAAUCUGUUCCAAAAAGUGUUAAGUCACCAAAUGGCAUGUUCAAUUGGCUUACAAAAACUACACCAGUUAGUACAAAACCAAAAUCAUUGGAAAAUAACAAUAAAUUAUUAAAUGAAUUUAAAAAACUUGGAAACAAUACAAAUAAUGUUCAUGGAUGGGGUACAGGAGGGCCAAAUACUGUAAAUACUUCACAAAAGUCUAAUAGUCCUAGUUCUACUUUAGUUUCUAACAAAUCUAAAUUCUCCUCUUCUGAAAUACUUGGUGGAUCUAAAACAGGACAGAGUAAUCUACUGGACAGGUUUUAUAGUAAUAGUCAAUCCCAUGGAUCAAAUAUAAAUACUGUACUUCCAAAAAAACCAAUAAAUUUGGUAACUAACAGUCCAGUAACCAAAAAAGGAAAUAGUAACAAUAGUCAGUCACAAAAAGAGUCACAAAUAAAAUUUGUGGAAUGUCCAAUAUGCAGUAAUUUCAUAUUAAAUGAUGACAUAAAUAUACAUGUAGAUUCUUGUUCAAUAACAAAAAAUGAAAAAACAAAAACUAUGAUUAGAAGUAAUGACAAAUCUGUUAGUUCGCAAGAGAAAACAGAUUAUUUUUCACCUGUACAUAAAAGAAAAAACGAUACACAUAUAUUUUCAAAUAAACCGCCAAAAUUAAAUAAAUUAGAAAAUUCAACAAAAACUAAUUGUCCUGUGUGUAGUAAAACUUUUGAACUUGUAGAUAUUAAUGAACAUCUUGAUAAGUGCCUUUUAGAAACAGAUAAACAAGAUAAUAACUCGAUUUCUAAUUUAGAUGACACAAAUGAUAAAAAUGAAACUUUAAAUGGAAGUAUUAUUUCUAUAAGUAGUACAUCUAGUAGUACUUCAUCUUCUUCUUUAAAUGAAGAUUUAAAAGAUUCUCCUCUUACUCCAAAGCUUGGAAAAAAUAAAAUUGCUACCUCACACAAUUGUUUAGUUUGUAAUGCAUUUAUUCCGUCUGGGACGUCGUUAACUGAUCACCUAGAAGACUGUAUCGGUAAUGUUUUUAAGGAUGAUUUAUCAUUACCAAUUGACUGUGAUAACAAUGAAAUAUCAGAAAUAUCGGAAACAUCUUCAGCGAUAUUGAUUGAUGAAAAUAAUAAAUACCCUUGUCCUGUUUGUAUGCAAUUAAUAUUAGAAUCAUUUAUGAAUCAACAUUUGGACAUAUGUCUUAAAAGCUCAUAAUCACGAUAGAAUAUUUAGUAAUUUAUAUUAACUAAUGUAUACGAGAAAUAAUAGAAAAAUAUGAUUAUUCAUGUAUCCUUUAUUUAAACAUUUAACUUGUAUUUAUGUUAUUCUAGUUUUUUACUGCCGCUUUGUACUAUUUAUGAAUGAAAUAAAUAUAUUUUGUUUUAUAAAUUGAUAGUAUACUGUCAUUUGUCUGAAGGAAAUAAAUGAAUUCUUAUUACUUUAUAAAAGUAGAAUAAAAUAUAUUUUU